AAGUUCUAAAGCCGAGUCAAGAAAACACAGAAUAACUCUGGCGGUUGUGAUCGUUAGUACUACUAUUGGCGGAAUUAUCUUGCUUGGGUUGUUUGUUUGGUUCAAGUUGAGGAAUAGGAAAUCCGAAAUAGAUGAAUGUUCAUCUGAACAGCCUAUGAUUCGUGACCCGAUUGAUGUCCAAUUUGAAAAGGAGACUGGCCCCAGGAAGUUUUCAUACACAGAGUUGGCUUUGGCAACAAGUAAUUUUGAUGCGGAAAAGAAGCUUGGAGAGGGAGGAUUUGGUGCGGUUUACAAAGGCGUCAUAAAUGACUUGAACUUCAAUGUUGCUGUUGAUGUUGUUGUCAAGAAGAUAUCACCAGAAUCUCGACAAGGCCUCAAGGAGUAUAUAGCAGAAGUACAGACAAUUAGUGCACUUCGGCAUCGACAUCUGGUGCAACUCAUCGGUUGGUGCCACGAAAAAGGAGAAUUCCUACUUGUCUACAAGUACAUACCCAAUGGAAGUUUAGACACCCAUCUGUUUAAAGACACUAACAUGUUAAGUUGGGAGGACCGAUACAGAAUUGUUAAAGAAUUGGCCUCGGUGUUAUUCUACCUGCAGGAACAAUGCGGCGAUCAUCAAUAUGUGUUGCACAGGGAUAUCAAAUCGAGCAACAUCAUGUUAGAUUUGGAUUUCACUGCGAAACUUGGGGAUUUCGGUUUAGCUCAGCUUCUAGAUCAUGGACAACCUUUGAAAACAACACAUGCUGCUGGAACUAGGGGUUACAUGGCUCCGGAAUACAUUACCACCAAAGUGGCUACCAAGAAAUCAGAUGUCUACAGCUUUGGAAUUGUUGCUUUGGAAAUAGCAUGUGGGAGGAGACCCAGCGUUGCCACGCCGGAAAAUGGGAAAUGCGAUAUAGUGGAGUGGGUUUGGGAACUCUAUGGGGAACGUAAAAUUCUUCAAGCAGCUGACCCAAAACUAAGUACACAUUUUGAUGAGAAACAAAUGACGUGGCUGAUGGUUGUUGGGUUAUGGUGCGCUCAUCCCGAUUACAGCAAUAGGGCUUCAAUAGAACAGGCGAUUGAAGUGCUCAACUUCAGAGCUGAAUUACCUCAUCUCCCUCCAAAGAUGCCAGUGGCAACCUUCCUUCCUGAAUAAAGUUUCAUUUUUCAAGAGCAUCUUCCCCUGCAAGCUAUAGGGGCGGCCCUGAGGGUGUUUGGGACUAUAAUUAGUAACGUAUCAUUUAAAUUUUCACAUUAGGUUUCCGAAAUCUUAGAACUGAUCCUGUCCGUAAGAGAAAUUCUCGUUUAUGGCUUGCGAAUGGCU